AUGGCGUCUAACGUGGUCGUUGAACCCCCUCAAGUCUUGUCUAUUUCGGGUAUGGGCAGCAAGUCACCGAUUAUAAGUAAAUCAAUUUUACUUAAUUCCUCGGAUAAGGGUAGAGCAAGGCCAUCAACAGCUUCUUCACGAGUUACUUUUGGCGAAGAUCAGACGAUUACUAUUCCGUCUAGACCUCAUACAGCAAAAGCGCAGUGUCGCCGCUUUGCUGAAUCACCCGUACGAAGACCAUUAUCAUCUACAUAUCCCCGAAAACGCCAGAUAAAUUAUCCACAAUUUAACAAGACUGUUAUUGGAAAAGGCUACACUUUAUCGAAAGAAGAUAGAUAUUGGAAAUUUACUAUUGAUUCUAAUAAAUUUUUUGGUAAAUCUGAACCACAAGAGCGCAAGUCGUUCAGAUCAUUGUCAGCACAACCCAAAUAUUUCUAUAAUAGUUCAGAUUUAAAAGAUGAUCGUGAUUCUCCAACUGAUAUACCGGUAACUGAUCGAAAGGAGGAACGUAAAUCCAGUCCUGUGACAUCUGCUCGUCAGUAUACUUCGCAUGUCUCCUUUAUCGAAAAUGAAAAGUUAAUGAUUGAGUUACAAGAGCAAGUUUCAGAGCUCAAUCUACUAUUGGAGCAAGAAAGAAGAACAAGAGAUGUUCAAUUAGAAGAAGCACAAUUACGACUUGAUGAAGUUAAAUCGAAAUUAAAAUUAGAACAUGAGGACGACAUUCUAGUUUUAAAGCUACAGUCGGAAAAAACUUUACAAACAGUACAAGAACAGCAUAUUAAAGAGAUGGACGAUUUAGAGAAAACUCUAAAAGAAGAAAUUGAAAGUAUUAAAAGUGAACGGCAAUUCCUGCAAGCUGCUUUUGACAGCUACAAGACACAAAUAUCGAUAGAAAUGGAUGAGAAGUGGACAAAGAGAGAGAUUGAAUUAAAACAGCAUGAACGGCAAACAGUGGAACGAGAACUGGCCAGACAAAAGGAAGAACUGACAAAAGAGAAACGAACUGAGCUAGCAACUUUAGCUAGACAGGGUAAAAUGGAGUUAGAAGCAGUUCGCCAUGAUCAUAAGGCUGAAUUAGAGGAUACUGAAAAUGAAGGCCUCAAAUUACAUAGUAAAUUACGGGAAGCUGAGGAUCAAAUUUUUAAGCUACGAAGUCAAGUAGUUGAAUCGAGGACUAAGUUAAAAGGCUACGAAGAUAAUUUUCAAGAAAAGGUGAUUGAGGUUGAAGAGAAAUUUAAACAGAAGAUUCACACGUUAAUGGCCGACAAUACCUUAGUUCGAAAACGUUUGAUGGAAAAGUGCGAUGAAUUAGUUCGUCUUAAAACCGAUAGUGAACAGAAGCAGGAAACAAGUCGAAGUUAUGCUCGAAAAACUCUGCAGGCUGUUAUCCAUGCCAGAAAUAAGGCCGCUCUUAGUCUGGUUAGCCAAGACACGAAAAAAGACCCUAGUGUAGCAAAAGCAGCUAAACAGUCACGCAGAAGACGCAGUAGUAUGCCAGUUACUCCAUUAGAACAGCAGAUCUCUGUUUUUAAAGCAAAAAUGAAAUCAACGUCGAAACUUCAAGAAUCGAUUGCUCUAAGUGAGGACAGUGAUAGCGACGCACCCUAUAGAUCAGAAACUGCGGCUAGCUAUGAUAGUCCAUUGAAAUCGUCAUCAACCGGAGCAAGAAAUAUACAGUCUGCAGGUUCUCCUAUACCUGCUACUUUAAGGAGAAAAGCACGUAGACCGUCACUGCAAGUUUCGGUUUUAAAACCAGAUAGUUCGUGA